UUCCCACUCAAAGGACUCAUUGUAGGGAGGGAUGAGAGUGUGUGCAGCCGCGGUGUGUGUGCUGUUAGUGUGUGUUUGUGUGUGUGUGUGGACCCCCUCCUCCUCCUCCUCUCCCUCCUUUAACUAGCUGGUCAGCAGCUAGCGGAGGGAUUAGUGAAGCCUGCUCCACUCACACUAUACCCACAGGCGGACGAGGGGAGAUUGCGGUGCGGGUGAAUCAUGCUCGUCGUCAUUACUACCGACUGGGAGUGGAGCCGAAAUUGUGCAAGAUACGGAUAACAGCGCAGGAAAAGGUCCGUGUGGAUACAGACAAGUUUUCCAGCUCUUUCUCCUGCCAUGAAAAUGCCUCACAAGGGGCUCCACUCCUGCUGCUCCGCUCGGACCCGUCGCAUUAUCAACCUUCCUCCCUCACAUGUGCUCAAUGUUGAAGUAACCACAAGAAGAAACCUCUAAGGAGAGAAGCAAAAAAAAAACAAAAGAACGCAAGGAUAUAUUUCCUCUUUUACGCCGUUUUCCCAAAGUGGAAGAAGAAGAAGAAGAGGGAUAAGAAGAAGAAAAAAGAGGGAGAAAAAAGUUGUACUUGUUGGUGAAAGAGGAAAACAUGGGGAACGCAGGGAGUAUGGACCAGCACCCUGAUUUCAGAGGACACAACAUGCCUCUGAAACUGCCAAUGCCCGAACCAGGUGAACUGGAGGAGAGAUUUGCAACCGUUUUGAGCUCAAUGAAUCUUCCUCCAGACAAAGCGCGGCUGUUGCGGCAGUAUGACAACGAGAAGAAGUGGGAGCUCAUAUGUGAUCAGGAGCGUUUCCAAGUGAAAAACCCGCCUCACACGUACCUCCAAAAGCUGAGGAGUUAUCUGGACCCUGCAGUCACGAGAAAGAAAUUCAGACGGAGAGUUCAGGAGUCCACCCAAGUCCUGAGAGAACUGGAAAUUUCGUUACGGACCAAUCACAUCGGGUGGGUGAGAGAAUUCUUAAAUGAAGACAACAAAGGCCUGGACGUGCUGGUGGAGUAUCUUUCUUUUGCACAGUAUGCCGUCACGUUUGAUGAAGAACUUUUGGAGAACAAUCCUGAGGCUGCGAUGGACAAGUCUAAGCCCUGGAGCCGCUCUAUAGAAGACCUACAUGGAGGAGGCACUCUGCCCUCUCCCAUCACCGGGAACGGCAUAACUCGUGCUGGGAGACAUUCUACAUUACGUUGCAACACUUUGCCAAGCCGGAGAACCCUAAAGAACUCCAGACUGGUCUGCAAGAAAGACGACGUCCACGUCUGCAUUAUGUGCCUGCGUGCGAUCAUGAACUACCAGUAUGGCUUCAACAUGGUCAUGUCACACCCACACGCUGUGAAUGAAAUUGCACUAAGUCUCAACAACAAAAACCCGAGAACGAAAGCUCUGGUCCUGGAGCUCCUGGCGGCAGUUUGUCUCGUGAGAGGAGGCCACGAGAUUAUUCUCUCUGCGUUCGACAACUUUAAAGAGGUGUGUGUGGAGAUGCAGCGGUUUGAGAGGCUAAUGGAGUAUUUCAAGAACGAGGACAACAACAUUGAUUUUAUGGUUGCCUGUAUGCAGUUCAUCAACAUAGUCGUGCACUCGGUUGAGGACAUGAACUUCAGGGUUCAUCUACAGUUCGACUUCACCAAGCUGCAUCUGGAUGACUACUUAGACAAACUAAAGCACACAGAGAGCGAUAAGCUGCAGGUUCAGAUCCAGGCCUAUUUGGACAAUGUGUUUGAUGUGGGCGCACUUCUCGAGGAUGCAGAGACCAAAAACGCCGCUCUGGAGCGCGUGGAGGAGCUGGAGGAGAAUAUGUCACAUAUGACGGAGAAGCUGCAGGACACGGAGAACGAGGCCAUGUCAAAGAUUGUGGAGCUGGAGAAGCAGCUGAUGCAAAGGAACAAGGACCUUGAAUCCAUCAGGGAAGUCUACAAAGACACCAGCUCGCAGGUGCACUCACUGCGGCUGAUGUUGAAGGAGAAAGACGAGGCCAUCCAGCGACAGAGCAACCUGGAGAAGAAGAUCCACGAGCUUGAGAGACAAGGCACCAUCAAGAUCCACAAGAAGGGAGACGGAGACAUUUCCAUCCUGCCCUCGCCACCGCCCAGUGUGGAGGGCUCAGGGGGCACUGUGAUUGGAGGAAUCAGUGCAGCCUUUGGUCCAAAUCAUGUGGGAGGCAUAGCGGGGACCGCUGCUCCCCCACCACCUCCUCCCCCACCUCCACCACUGCCAGAGAACCACACAUUGUUAAAUGGACCAUCUUUGGCCAUUCCUGCCGCAGCAGCUCCCCCACCACCACCCCCUCCUCCCCCACCGCCGCCUCCUCCCCCAGGGCCAGAUAUCUCAGCACAUAUGCCUCCCCCGCCUCCUCCUAUGGCACCCCCACUGCCAGGCUGUGGAACGCCGACUGUCAUCAUGAACUCUGGGUUAGCAGAGGGACCCAUCAAACUUUUCUCUGUUAAGAUCAAGAAACCCAUCAAGACAAAGUUCAGAUUGCCCGUCUUUAACUGGGUGGCCCUGAAACCAAACCAGAUCAACGGGACUGUCUUCAAUGAGAUCGAUGAUGAGAGGAUACUGGAGGACCUAAACGUGGAUGAGUUUGAGGAGAUGUUUAAGACCAAAGCUCAGGGUCCUGCAAUCGACCUCAACAUGGGCAAGCAGAAGGUCAUUCAGAAGGGUCCCAACAAGGUGACGCUACUGGACUCCAACCGAGCGAAGAACCUGGCCAUCACACUGAGGAAAGUGGGAAAAACUCCUGAGGAGAUCUGCAGGGCCAUUCAGAUAUUUGAUCUGCGCACUCUGCCUGUGGACUUUGUGGAGUGUCUGAUGCGUUUCCAGCCCACGGAGAACGAGAUUAAAGUCCUGCGGCAGUUCGAGAAGGAGCGCAAGCCUCUGGAGAGCCUGACGGACGAGGACCGCUUCAUGAUGCAGUUCAGUAAAAUCGAGCGGCUGAUGCAGAAGAUGACCAUCAUGGCCUUCAUCGGGAACUUCUAUGAGAGCGUGCAGAUGUUGACACCGCAACUUCAUGCAGUGAUCGCAGCAUCUGUGUCCAUCAAAUCAUCACAGAAACUAAAGAAAAUCCUAGAGAUCAUCUUGGCACUUGGAAACUACAUGAACAGCAGCAAAAGGGGAGCAGUGUACGGAUUCAAACUGCAGAGUUUAGACCUGCUUCUUGAUACCAAGUCAACAGACCGAAAGCUGACGUUGUUACACUACAUAGCCAACGUAGUGAAGGAGAAAUACGCCCAAGUCGCUCUCUUCUACAACGAGCUGCACUACGUGGAGAAAGCUGCAGCAGUGUCGUUGGAGAACGUCCUGCUGGAUGUGAGGGAGCUGAACAGAGGCAUGGAGCUGACGAGGAGAGAGUACAGCAUGCACGGCCACAACACCAUGCUCAAAGAGUUCAUCGCACACAACGAGAGCAAGCUGAAGAAGCUGCAGGAUGAUGCCAAGAUCGCACAGGACGCCUUUGAUGAGGCGGUGAAGUUCUUCGGGGAGAACGCCAAAACGACUCCGCCCUCUGUCUUCUUCCCUGUGUUUGUAAGAUUUGUGAAGGCUUACAGGCAAGCGGAAGAGGACAACGAGCAGAGAAAGAGACAGGAGCAGAUCCUGAUGGAGAAACUUCUAGAACAAGAGGCCUUGAUGGAGGAAGACCAGAAGUCUCCAUCUCAUAAGAACAAGCGGCAGCAGCAAGAGCUGAUCCAGGAGCUCAGGAAGAAACAGGUGAAAGACAGCCGGCAUGUCUACGAAGGCAAAGAUGGAGCCAUUGAGGACAUCAUCACGGUGCUGAAGACCGUGCCGUUUACCGCCCGCACAGCCAAGCGCGGCUCUCGGUUCUUCUGCGAGCCCGCCCUCAAUGACGAGUACCAUUACUAAGCUUGUAGAACUGUCUCUCUGCUCUCAGAUCUGAGGAAUCAGCCUUACAGGCGAGCCGACGCUGUGCGUAGGAGUGUCAGGAGACGCUUUGAUGAUCAGAACCUGCGGCCGGGGAACAACGGCGAAGUGGUCGUGUGAUGAGGGGAAGCGGAGCAUGUGCUGGAGAUGGGGGGGGGGGGGGGGGGUGAAGGAUGGAGAGGGCGUGUAGCAACAAAGGAAGGAUGGAGCGGAGGUUGGAUGCAGAAUGAAGGACGAUAAGUGAAAGUUGUAGCAGCCAUAGAGUAUGUAAAUAUAUUACAUAAGAAUACACGUUAUUCCAUGUCUGUGGUUCAGAAGCAGCUGAGAUGUUGAAGGACUGAGACACGUAUGGGACUGAAUUUAAAGUGUCUGAAAGGCUGAUUGACAAACCUUGGACAAGAUAAGUGCCUGAACAUAUUUUUUUGUGGUUUUAACGUUACUCUGUCUGAUGACUGUUUUUAUACUCCCACUCUGAGCAAUACGAGUUGACCUGGCUUUAAUUUGUAAGAUGUGUCUAACUGGACUUGCAGUGGCCUUAAGAGCCGCGUGAAGACAUGCUUCCUCGGAUAUAUAACGUAGAAUGUAAUGGGACGUGUUCCCUUUAGCUGCAUAAUACAUCCGUCAGUGUUGGGGUUUCACACCGUGUGGUGUUCGGUACAUUCCGAUGCUCUUUUCCAUUCAUGGUUCAUACAGAUGUGCUCAAACUGCACCUUUUUUUUGUUGUUGUUGUUGUUACAUCUCAUGAGGCUUCAACUUUUACUGAAAGGGCUGAUUAUCAGGCAAGAAGACAGAAAAGAAUAAAAACUUUAUAUUUGUAUUAAAGAAAGUGUAAGGGGAAGAUGAAAGCUGAACAGAAAAGACAUCCAAAGUGAUCCGUUUCUAAACAUUACAGUCAAAUGUGAAUUGUAUAUAAAAGGUUACAGUAAAGUCUGUAGCUCCUAAUCCUGAAAAGAAAGUUGCCUUCUCAAGUCUAAAUCUACCGUCCAUUUGAAAUGAUGUACUUCUGUAGCAGCACCGCAUGUUAGCCUUUUGCAGAAUAGAAUACAUUUCUAACAAAUGUAACACCUUUGCAAACAAUUCUAAACCUACCUGAGGAUCUCAUUGUCACAACUGGAUAGAACUAAACAUUUCAUCUCUGUCGUUUUGUUUUCACAUAUUAAUUAAGCUGCAGGUGUCUGUGUCUUCUCUCUUCAUUGUAAUUUUAAUGUAUAGUAUUUAACCACUGAAAGGAUUCCUUGAAGCUCAUGUUUCCAUCUGUGUCGUCAUCGUCAUGAAAAAUAGCAAAACAAAGUACACAAAACCAAUUUUCCUAAAUGUACAGAUAUUUUGCUACAAACUGUUUUUUUUUUUACUUCACUCACAUUACCAGAUGGUUAAUAUUGUACAUAUUGUUUAAACUAAAGUUUUCAUUGCCUUGUGCUAUACAACUUGAAUGUUAUUUUAACUUAUAGUUUUGUUUCCAUUUUUUUAUUGUAUAUUUAAUUAAGCCAAAUGCAGCCAGAAUCUUCUCCAGCUGUGUGUUUUAAAUCAGAUCAUCUCACUGUCAUGCAGGUCGCAGCAGGUCACUGAAUCUGAAUGCAGGUGUGUCAUAAAGUGUCAAAGCCAGUUACGAAAAAACAUGGAACGUGGUCACAGCGGAACUCUGUAAUAGCACACCUUAAUUCUGAUUUAACACGUUUCUAUUGGUUAACCUGUGAUCAGCUGGAUGAGAGGCGUACUGACACACCCUCCAGUAAUCAUCUCCACUGAAGCACGUGCUGCCAGUCAUCUCUUCUGUCUCAACCGCACCGUCUGUAACAGUGACUUUUGUCUUACUGGGUAAUACUGGCAUGUUUUCUUUUUACGUUCACCUGAAAUGUCAUUCAGGCACUUUGUGCUUAUUACAAAAUAACAAGCUUUUCUUUAACUAGGUGAUUUGAGAUUUUCAAUGAAUAUGUUCAAAUAAACUAUUUACAUUGA